AUUCAUAGUAUUUUUUCCUCUUCUCAUAAAUAUCGUCGCUCGGUUCGCUGCGGUGCACACGCACACUGUGGAGCGCGCGUACCGAUUCGAGGGAACUGCGGUACACGCGUACACAUACAGAUGCCGCGGAGCGCAACUGGUUGCGGGCGCCGUUAAACGAAUUGAAUGUUGUGGAAGCGAAGCGAGGAUGAAAAGGGGGAGAGUGCGGUUUCGUUCCGAGAAGUUGUGGAAUGCCGUUUGUGCGCUGGACUGAAUUGCGGUGGUUUAUUUUUUAUUUUGCGAACUGAAGGACGGUGACGGUGCGCGGCGGUUUUGGAGGCCAGAGGUUCGAAGAAUCUACAAAGUGCAAAAGCUGCGGUUAUGAAGUGCAACAGUAUGGUUAAAAAUGCUGAAAUCGAGCAGUUGCUUGAUUGCUCUGAAAACAGUGGGUGAAGGCGAAUGGAAAGCAACGGUGAGAGAAGGAAGGAAUGCAGAGCGAACAAGAGUAAGAAGGCACAAGAUGACGAAGAACACCCGUCGCAUUCCACGUAUUCUUUCGUUAUUACAAUCUGUCCACAUUCCUUUCCUUUUGGGGGUGAAACGAGAAGCAGGGGCAGGCUCGGUAGGUGGCUGUACUGCACAUCUACCUAUACCAGACGGGCGGUGAACGAGUACUCAAUCAUUUAUGUGUAGGUUGGUAGCUACACAUUCGCGUACGGAGAAAGAAAAUAAACAACCCUUUUGCACAAGGAGACGCAGAUGGAAUGCAUAGUGUAGUAGGAUACGGAUUGACGAGUGCAAGCACUUCGCAGUGGACAGUGAAAGUAUUUCAAAUCUCGGCGGCGAGUGCAGCGUUUCAGCACGUUGUUGAGCAAAAUCAAUUCAAUCCAUGUGAUUAGCGUUGACGAGUACCCAAGUGACGGACAUGGCAUUCAGUAAGUGAUCAGUCAGUGGCGUUACGCAAUCACUUUAUUCGAGUGCAAAGAGGAAUGUGGCGAGGCCAUGAUUGAUUGCAGCAAACACGCAAAGCGGCGCCCGGCUAUGCAUUUUGCAACAGGUUCUGAUAGAAUGACUUUGUUUGGAGUUACCAAUCAGUCAGUGCAACGGUGAAUGGAGGUGAGAGAGGAUAGUGCUCCCUGUGGAAUGCCGAAAGAAUGUCGUACAUCAACUGAUUACCAUAUAGUAGUAAGCGAAGCGCGGAGUGUUGUGAGAUGGAAAAGUAACUUUCGAUUGGAGCAAAUUUUGCAGCACUUAGAGAUGCCUCACAUGUCAUAACUGUGUAAUCAAAUGAAAGAAAAUCAAGUGCCUUUUUUAAUUGUAAAAAUCAAGCCAUAACAAGUGCUUAGAGACAAUUCACUGUAAACGAACCGAAAAAAAACUGCGAACCAAAUCAACUCAAACUAGACUAACACUAAAGCAAACGAAUGUGAAUUUUGUAUUCAAGUGAAAGAAUAAAUCGACAGCAAUUGACGUGCCUUACCUGCCCAAAACAGUGAACCUUAAUCCCACGAACCGAAUCUCAAAAAUCAAGUGAAUGCCCAUAGAGAAUCAGCACCGUUUCCUUCAUCGCCAUCAUGUCCCACACUCACGGCCUUGCUCGGUACUCGCAGUACUCGUCUUCCGGAGGGGCAGGUCCCCAAACGAGCAACAGUGCUGCGUCCAAACUGACGCCAUCGUCGAACGCUAGCGGCGGAAGACCCUCAUCUGUAGUCGUCCAGCCUCCCGGAGGCCAACCGCAGAUUCCUCCACCGCCGGCAGUGCGACCUGCAAUGCUUGUAACCUCGUCCGGGUGUUCAAUGCUUCCACCAAGCCCCCCAGUGCCAUCGUUGGCACAACCGGGGUCCGGCUCGAGCAGCCCCCAACAAGCUCAACAGCAGUGCCAAACUACGCAAACCUCGGUUCCUCCGAGUCCGAAAUACUCUGCCAUGAGUGGCAGCCUUUCUGGAUCGGAUACCGAUGUUUCAACCUCAACGGAGAACCUUACCCGAGAAGAACGCUACGUACUGCGUCAUGCCCGCGUGGAACCGCAAGGCGAGGAGAACAUGCAAGGAAGUGUGACCCCUGUGAACGAAAUUCAAGGUCGUUACAUACCCGAUAAGUUCUCGUCGAAUACUUCAUCAGAUUCGACGCGCUAUGCUACUCCAAACAGCAGUCGGAGCAUCUCUGAAAGCCGCAACGGCAUGCAUACCUACGCUAACGCCGUGAACGACGGCUCCAACCGGAACUCGAUCAUCAGUACCGGCUCAAACCGUAACUCCCUGAAGGAAGCCAACUCCAACCGAUCUUCCAUGGACGUCUCGCAAUCUUCGUACAAUACCCUCAUCAUCCAUGACGAAGGCAUCUAUUCGAUGAACCGAGAAUAUUCCAGUCCUCCUCCGUACAUGAAGAAAGAUCGACCCCGAUCGUACGGGGAAUCGCAACCUCCAAUUCAGGAACUGUCCGAAAUUCCGGAAAAGUAUCUCAGUCAAAGCCACGUACUGAAACACCUCGCCAAGGAAGUGAAACUGCCGGCGCGGACCCGUAGCGAUUCCAACACCCGUGACUCUGGAGUUUCGGAGAACACGGACUCUAGGGAUCCACCAAAGUAUGGUCAGCACUGGGUCGGAGCACAAAACGCAUCCACCGAUGAAUCGGCCGCAACGCAAGCGAACGCCAAACUAAAGAGCAAAAGCCAGCCGGACUUGACGCGAUUGCUGGACAUCGAUCCGGAGGAGGUGGAAGCCAUGUACAAAGAGAACCAACUGCUGAAGCAACAGUUGAACAACUGUUUCCUCAAGGUUGCCAAGAGCCAGAAGCUGGAGCAGGAAAUUUCCAACAUCUACCGGGUGCACGAAGAGCUGGUGCAAUCCUGUGAGCGACGUGAACGACUGGAGAAAGCCGCGCGGAAUCGUUUGCAGCAGGACUGCCGUAGGCUGCAGGAACUGAACCGAGCUUUCCGCGAUCAGGUCGAAGUGCUACAGAACCAGCUGCUUUCCUCGUCGGACCAUCAGCUUGGGCGAACGCAGCAGGACGUGCUCAUCUCGCAACUGGUGACGCAAAAUAAAUCACUAGUGGACGCAAAUCGACGUCAAUGCAUAGAACUGCAGGCCCAGAAUGCGACGCUGGAGGAACAGCGGAUUCACAUUAACGUGCUUGAUACGGCCUUGAAACGGCUGGAAGAAGAAUGCCGUCAAAAGCAGGUCUACGUGGAACGUUGUGCACAACUACAGCAUGCAUUGCAGUCACUCCAGAAUGCCAGUGAACGAAGAGAACAAGCGGAACGAAAGCUCCGUAUGGACUACGAGAAUGAUCUACCAAAUCGAAGCGGUAGUAGCACCAACAGCGAAACCGACAACCUCAAGUGGCAGCUGCGGGAGAAGGACGCACAGAUAAUGAGACUUGAAGCCGAAUGUGCAAAACUGGAGCAGCGCAACCUGGAGGAGUCGAACGUACGGAACGUCGCUAAGCUGGCGAUGGAGCGCAAUUCGCAAGAAACGGAACGGAUCAUUGCCGAGGCAAAGCAGGAGAAGAUCCGAUACUUGGACGAGGCGCACGCAGCAAACCGCAAGGUAACGGAGCUGCAAACACGACUCAAGCUGGUGGAAAAUAGAUUGGCCGAGAAAGAGGCCAUGAUCCGAGCCUAUCAGGGACAGAAAAUCUAUGGUUCAACAAACUCCUACGGAUCGUACAACCUAUCUAGCGAUAGCUUCGCACUGAAUUCACUAGGAGCGUAUAACUCGCAGGCAUCGUACGACGUGUCGAAUAACUCGUUCGACGUGACCACUACGGCCUCUCUGCUGGACACGACCGGCUACUGUCCGAACGUGUCGUCCAGCUUUACCUCGAACUAUGGACAGACUAACCCGAGUUUCAACCAGAGCUCGAUUAACCUGCAGACGGCGGGUGGCAAUAGCUACAGCUCGCCGAGCAGCAGCUCCAACUACAGUACCAACUAUGGAACCAGCGAUCAUACCAAUAUCUACGACUCGAAGAAUUUUGACGCCCAACGUAAAUCCAUCGACGAUCAGCUCAAGCAGUUGGAUGAACAGCUGCUCAGCAAGCGAGGACUUUGUUGUUUUCCGAGUUUGACCACGAAGAAGCCCAUUCAACCGUUACUCUCCGAUGAAGUAUCCGUUUUGUCGACAAAUAACAGCGAAGCUUUCCUGCAGAAUCUUACUCACAUCGAUCCGCGCGAUCGAGAGAGACAAGAUCGUCGAGAUCAGGAUAGCCUAACUGGCGGUGGUUCAAACAGCAACGGCACUGGUGGUGGCACUAGCGGGAGCAAUGGCACCGGUAACUCAGGCAAUUCCGGGAGUUCAACUAAACCGGAGGACAUGAUGCUGCUGGAGAAACAGGGACGCUGUUCGCAGAAGCUUCGUAGCAAUCAGCUGAGUAACCUGGCGCACGUGACUCAAACGGUUGGGCAAAACAUGACAGAUAUCAGCAACAUAGGAGCGAAUAAGGUUCCUAAAAUUCUAUCCAACAUUGCCCAGCAAGCGGGAGGCAUUCUGCCGCCGAGAAAAGAUCGAGGGUCAUCGCUACCGCCAAGUGCACUGCCAAGACCGCCAAGGAGUUUGAAACCACCACGCAAAAUUGAGUACGGAAGACUCAGCGAUUCCGAGGGUAAGAAACGUGCCGAAACACCCCCUGCAACGGACCCGCAAAAGGAAUACGAGAUGAAAGCGUCCAGCUUGAAGCGGAUGAACGCUGGACCGUUCCACAAGAGGGAGUUUUCUCCCGGGAAAAGUUACAUCGAGAUGAAGGAUCCUAUUCAACUAGCAGCCAAAGACUACGGCACGCACAAGUCCAAGAAUUAUGGAUCGCUUGGAAAUACCGCAAUUCCAUCACCGGGGAAAAGUGAAAAUAAAUUUGGUUUCGGAACUAAAACUUUGGGGUCCUCGGUCAACAACUGUGAAUUUUCAAAACCAGACUACACAUCCACAAAGAACUAUCAUCGAUUGGAGGAACCGAGUUCACAGUCCCGCAAGAGCUCUCUCGACUCCGUUGGCAUGAAACGUUCCCUGUUACCCAACGUCCGGAAGCUUAGUUCCACCACUGUCAAAGGCUCUCGUGACUCUCUGAAUUCCGCGUCCAGUGGAUCCAACAAUUCCAACAACUCCAACCACAUCUCCAGGACGAGCCCCAUGCACUCGCCGCAAACUCCACAACCACCAACUUCUCUGGUCUACCACUUGCAUCACGGCCGGACACCUCCGCGGUUCAUCCACCACCAGCAGUCCACGUCAGCGGAGUCAACCAAGUCAUCUCUUCCAUCGCCACAAUCGCCAACGGGAGCGCUUCAAAACUCACCCUUCUUCAACAAACUCGCUCCGAAGCCAUCGCAACAGCAAUCGCACAAGACCAGUAGCAGUACGUUGCCUAGUGCUAGCAUUCUUCACGCCGCCGUCACGGCUUCGGCCACUUCGGCCAUCGGUCAGCAAACGACGGCUUCCCUACCGCCGAAACCGGCCAUGGAUGGCGCGGGGAAGAAUGGUGGCUCCGGAGGAAGUAGUGGAGGAUCCGGUGGUCAACGAAGAGGCAGUAGUUUGACCCGCAGCGAGAACAAGUACAGGAUACAGUUUUAGACGGGAUAUGGGUUCCGUCCGAAGGUGCGGAAGUAUUCAAUGUAUUAAAAGGUGAAAUUUUGUAAGAAAGCUGGCUUUUUUUCGAUGUGAAUAGUUGUAGAGAUAAAGUAGUAUUGGAAAGUAUUCUUUUUUGGAUGGAUCAAAUUUGUACACUUUGGAGCGGAAGGGAGGUUUUUCGGAUCUGAAUCUGGUUGUUCAAAAUUGUUCUAUUUUAGUUCUGCAGGAGAGAGGUCCGCUGUGGUAAUAUAUUGAGACAGCAAAGUUCAAAACACGUAACGUGAUUGA